AUGAUUUUGCAGGAGCUAUGGCUUCACAAAUUGGAAUGGGACGAAUCAAUUCCGAUGUCGCUGGCUACAAGCUGGGAUAAUUUUAAAGAAAAUAUUAAACGAAUUCCCGAAAUACGCAUUCCUCGUUUUGUUAACAUUUUGUCGUCGUCGAAAAUACAAGUACAUGGUUUCGCAGAUGCAUCCAUGCGCGCUUAUGGUUGUUGUAUUUAUAUUCGUAGCGGUUACAAAAAUAAUUAUAAAUCUAUACUUCUUACAGCCAAGUCGAAGGUCGCUCCACUAAAAACGAAAACCCUACCGAGGCUUGAGUUAUGCGCUGUGCACUUACUGGCGAAGUUGUGGAAAAAUAUAGCGCCAAUAUUACUCCCAAAUACCGAGAAAACUGUAUUUUGGACUGACUCGGAAAUAGUGUUAUAUUGGCUGAAAAAACAUCCAUCCACAUUAUCAGUUUUCGUUGGGAAUAGAGUAGCGGACGUUCAGGAAUGGACAGAAAAUGUAAUUUGGAAACAUGUACCAACCGCUCAUAACCCAGCCGAUAUUGCCUCCAGAAGUUGCACUGUGGAUGAAAUGCGUCAAUCAAUAUGGUUUAACGGGCCCAGAUUUUUAACGCAAGGCGAAGAUAAUUGGCCAAAUAACCCGCAUUUCAAACCGCCGGAGGAUAUGGAGAACCUGGAAAUUAGAAAAGCCAAGCCUUUAGUACUUUUAUCAUCGAAAAAGUCUUGUAUCAUAAACACCCUAAUAGAAAAUUGUUCGACUUACUUAAAAAUUGUAAGAAUACUUGCCUAUGUAUAUAGAUUUCUCAGUCCAACAGAAAAAGAGCCUCAAAUUACCGCCAAAGAACUUGAAAUGUCGUUCUUAAAAAUUGUCGAAGUAAUACAACAUGAAGAGUUCGAAAAUGAAAUUAAAUGCCUAAAAAAUUCGUCGUCGGUAAAUAAGCAGAUUCAAAAACUCAAUCCGUUCGUCCAAGAUUGUAACGAAGGCAAUAGAAAUUUUACAUUACUCCGAGUUUAUCGGAAGGAGAGGCUUGCCGCACAAGGUCGUCUGCGACAACGCAACAAAUUUCGUGGGAGCCAAUGCCAAGAUGAAGGAACUUCACGACGUAUUUUUCAACGAGGUCAGCAGAAAGCAGAU